CUUCGGGAUCGAAAUUUCGCGAAAACUUGCAAUCCGCAAGCGGAAUCCUCUUUUGUCGCACGCGCGCAUACACAUUUUUCUCUCCUCAUCGAGCGAAUAACUCUUCUCUGAAAGACGGAAAGCUUUCCGAACGUAAAAUGAGAAAGAACGAUAAGAAUUUUCUAAGAUCCUUUGCAUUGCCAGGAAAAGUUAAAUUUCGAAAGUUAGAUUUGCAGGGCGCUUUUUAACACCGUUAUUUCGUCGUACCUGCGAGCGUAUACCUUGCAUCCGCUUUGUUACGCUCCAACGAAACCGGGAUAACAAUGCGCUUCCGUGGUGACUUAGGUGGGACAAAGAAUUGCGGGAUGAUUAUUCAGAAGUAGUGACUCAGUGUGCACGUAUACGUACACACACACACACACACACACGUGGUGCAUUAAUUCCAUGGAGUUCCGCGACUCGACAGUACGCGGCUGCGUCAUGAGAGACUGUUAUCAGUGCUUAGUCGCCGGUUAUCUUACGUCAAAUUAGCGCGUGCGCGCGCUCACGUAAUUUAUCGCAAUUAAGUCACUCGUCGCUCGAGAUUAACUAGAAUUCUCGCGUCGAUAGAAAAAAUAAUAUCGAUUUCAACGCGAGCCGAUCGCGCAGAACGCUGUUUAUUGAUUUUUUUGCAGUCGGCCCGCGUUCGCCUUCUCUCCCGCUUUUGGCACCGUUUCAAAUUCCCCGGACGCGCAAUCUGUAAUCCGUGAGAUUUUAUGGCAGCACGCGUGUGCGUGUGUGCGACAUGCCCGAGUCUUUUUACUUAUUAUUCGUAACUUUAUACUGGUCGCGUUUUUUGUGUAUUCAGCUGCUGACUAACUGCGUAAAUAUCUCUCAGACGCAACAUCCCGAGCGUGCGCGAGACUGAAACGUGCGGGCGGAUUAAUUGGAUUUUUUCAGUUUCACUCGCUGUAUCGCACCAAGACAGUCUCGAGAGUCAAAGAUUAUAUUUUGGAAAAUUAUACUUUAGAUUAUUUUGAAAACUAUGCGUCAAGAAGUCGAAAGCCACCCAAACAAUACAAAUGUCCAAAAUCGGGACAUGUCUUUUAAAUAUCUUCAAGUUGUCUUGAAGAUAUCAUAAUAUAAGACAUCUUUAACUCGUUUUUAAGACAUGCCCAAGAGACAUCUUAUGUCUCGAUUUUAGACAUUGGUGUUGUCUGGACAUUUGUAUUCCGCGUGCGAAUUUCUUUGCGUUUCUCUUUUCACAAGAGUCAGUUGCUACCUGCCCGAAUCGCACGUCUGUUUUCUAUCCCUGAACCAAGGCUGAACUUUGUUUCUUUCUCCUUCAAGUUAAACUACACACUUCUACCGCACUAACGGUAAAAAAAUACAACCUGGUUCAGGAAUACAAAACGUGAUGAACGCACCUCCAUCAGUUUCUCGUUUCCGUAAUUUCCAUUGGCGAGCAACGGUUACACGGUGCUACCGCGAACGCUAUCGCGUUGCACACGUUUACGAAGGAAGGUGCGUCCGUUAUGUGUGCGUGCGCGCACACGCCCCGAUCGUGCUUUCCUUAAGCAAACGACACGCAGCAUUCUCGAAGCUCUUUCGCGGUAGUCCACGGCGAUGACUACAAGAUAAUGUAACGUUACAGCGCCAGUAUGUUCGUGAACGCGCUCCGGUGAACGUGCUGCGUCCGCAAGAGAAAGACUCGCCGUCGCGACGUACGAUCACGCGUGUGUCAUUCUCUGAUAUGAUAUUUGACAACUAUUUUCUACUUUAUCUUCAUUGUUUUUUAUCUGACGAAAUAGUGCAGUGAACAGAUGUGAGUGUGGCAUUGUCUGUUAAAAAGAACUUCGGGGGAAAAAGGGAGGAAAACGUGUCCGCCGAUCAUUCCGUCGGUUGUGCUCUCGACGGAUCGAUCGUGCCAUCAAUUACACGACGAGGGCCGACCGGAAGAAGACAUUAUGAAGAGGACGGAGAUCAACAUUGUCCCGAGCAUGCAGCCGACGUGUUCCACUCGCACGGAUAACACUCAAAUUCCGGUGCCUAUAACAUCGCGUUUGCUCAAGGACUCAGAAAGCAUUCCUCCGAAACAGAAAUUCUCCGAAAACAGGAUCCAUGACGGGAUGAGCGUGGCCGCUCGCAGGGCACAUCUCGAGAAGCAGAAUUCCCCUGUACAGCUGACGUCGCGCAACAAUAAUCUGUCGACGUCCAGCAUCGAGAAGAAACGACCAGAGACAAAAAAGAUGCAAUGGCCCGUGUCCGCGACAUACGAUCCCAAUCAAAGGCGCAGAUGGAUUUCUCAACCAAUCAACGGCAAACUUCACACAUACGAAGCGAACCAAGAGCACGCGAGCCUGCAGAGGAAAUAUCAACAAUUGCAGAGGGAAAACAGUACACUGCAGGCGCAAUUGCAGGAGAAGGAACAGAAGCUGCUGAAGAUGCGAACAGUUUCCGAAGCGCUGUGCAAAGAAUACGAGCAAAUGAAGACUCAAUACGACGUAGAGACGAAUGCGAUGCACAAAGCAAUGCAACAGGCGUCUCAGUGGUAUAGGCAAAAUCGCGAGCUCAAGCGAAGAUCUCAAAUCAUCGCGCAAAAGUUUCUGCACACCCAUCCGGAGCAAUCGCUGGACUUCGACGUGACUGACGAAGUGGACUCGAACUUCGAGGAUUUGGACCAGCUGAGGCAAACGGUGAAGGAACUGAGCGGCGAAAUAGCACGGCUCCAGACGGAACUUCAUUCCGCCCGGCUUCAGGAAUUCGAAGCACAGGAGCAGGUGACGCAUCUGACCACGCAGCUGGAGGAGGAGAGGGCCCUCCGGCAAAAAGGCGAUGAGAAAAUUAACGAGUUGGAGGUGUACAAGGAGAACAUGGAGAGGGUCACGAAAAUGAUGGCUAUGGAGGUGCAGGCCCUGAAGACGCAGUGCGAUCGUGAAAGGGAAAACGCGAAGAUUUACAAGAAAGAGGCCGAAAAGGUACAAAAAGAACGGAACGUCUUGGCACACCAAAGCGCACUUCUCAUGGCUGAGGUCGGAGACGACCCAAACGGAAGACUGUUGAGCGUGUUGCAAGAGGUGGAGUCCCUGAAGAGGCAGCUGGAGGAGAAGCAGCAGAGCCACGCGUCUCAGGUGCAGAUGUUGCAGGAGAAAUUGGAGGAGAAAGAGUCGAACGUGGAGUUCGAGAUAGUCGAGGAGAAACUGAAACUCGCGGAGUCCGAACUGGAGAUGGUGCUUCAGAGGGCCGAGAAGGCCGAGAAAUCGGUGGAGGAGCUCGAGAGCGUCGUGUGUUCAUUGAAGCAGCAAGUCAGCGAGUUGGAGGAGAAAGCCUCGAGACCGCCGCCGCCACCGCCACCUCCGCCGCCGCCGCCGAUGUUGGCGCCCGGUCAAUCGACGAUAAAACUGCUGACCAGAGAAAAAUCGGCUGCGGAACGCACGGCCAUAAGCGAAAUGGAGAGCAUGCUCGGUAUCGCGCCGAAGAAAACGCCUACGAUUGCGCAACAACCUGUGAUCGACGAUAUCAUCAAUCAGAUCAAAGGCGGACGUUUUACGCUGAAACAAACAGACAAACAAAGAGAAGAGGAGCGGAGGAGACGGCAGGAAGCAGAGAGCGCACCGCCAGCGGUCUCCGAGAUGUUGAAUAUUCUUGGUACUAUGAGGCGGAGAGCCAAGCCGAUGAGGCAGACGAUCAAACCGCCGGAUGCAAUGUCCUAAUAAAACCAAAGCUGCCCGCGAAACGGAAGCAAUUUACGAUUCCAAAAAUGUCCGUCGAGUCUCUCAAGUGAUUGACCUAAAUAUAUAUAUAUAUAUAUGUUAUUACUAUUAUUAUAUUCUAGCAAGAUAUAUAUAUCUCUGUUAUCUUACAUGUGCAUUCAUUUUACAUACAUAUGUAUAUAUAUGUGUAGGUUUACCUUGCUCAAUCGGAAUUCGCGCAAAGUCUGUUUUUAUAUUCGACAGUGGAAGUGAACUUUUUAUACCACUGUAUGAAAGUGUGUUCGAAGUGUGAGACGAAAUCUCUUGUGAAAAGACCGAAGUGGAAUAUUUCGCUGUAUGUAACAUUUUAACGUCGGACGAAAUAAAGCCGGAGAAAUAUGAGA